AUCAUAAUUUGUGACGUUUUUACGGUGCCAAUGUUUUAAUGAUAAAACGCUUUAAUGUAUCCGUUAAAAAUUGUUCAGUUGUGCGGCUUAAAAAUGAACGGUUCGCGCCUUUUGUGAAGCCAAUCGUUCGUGGAGGUGACGUCUUUGAUGACAUUAUCAUUCUGACAGUCAUACCAUUAUGGAACGUCACCAAAAUGGUAUGGAUGUGUGGGUAGGACAGGGCCGGGUGAAUCAGCUAGGAGGGCUGUUCAUCAACGGACGACCGCUGCCGAACCACAUUCGGCUGAAAAUUGUAGAGAUGGCGGCGGCGGGAGUGCGGCCAUGUGUUAUCUCACGGCAACUCAGGGUCUCACACGGCUGCGUCUCUAAGAUCCUUAAUAGGUACCAGGAGACGGGGUCAAUCAGACCAGGCGUCAUCGGAGGCUCCAAACCGAGGGUGGCGACGCCUGAAGUCGAAGCGCGAAUUGAAGAACUGAAACGCCAAAACCCAGGAAUCUUCUCAUGGGAAAUAAGAGAGAAGUUAAUAAAGGAGGGGGUGACAGACCCUCCUAGCAUUUCGUCCAUCUCCCGACUACUGCGCGGCGGCUCCCGGGACCCUGACGGGAAGAAGGACUACAGCAUUGAUGGUAUACUAGGAGGUAGAGGUUCAGAUUCCUCUGACAUUGAAUCAGAGCCAGGGUUAACGCUGAAGAGGAAGCAACGCCGCUCCCGCACCACCUUCACAGGCGAGCAACUAGACGCUCUAGAAAGAGCUUUUCAUAGGACACAAUAUCCAGACGUCUAUACAAGAGAAGAACUGGCAUUGCAGACUGGAUUGACGGAAGCCAGGAUUCAGGUUUGGUUUUCCAAUCGUCGGGCUCGUCUUCGUAAACAUACCGGUUCAAAUACUGCUCAGACACUAGCUUCCUACUCUACGAUACCCAUGCCACAAAUACCUUGUCCCUAUCCAGCGGGAGAAAUACCCAGUCUGUCACAACAUCAUCCUCAACACAGUGAUAGUUGGCAUCAUCAGAAGUAUGCCAACUAUAAUCACUUAAUGGCUCAAUCUCAACAUUUAAAUCAAGCAUUCCAAAGCGCUGCUUUCCCCAGUACAUCAGGUGCAACAUUCGGUCAUCUCGUCUCUGGUAGUAACGGACCACCUCAUAGUCAAAUAUUAGAUCCAAACAUCCCAAGAAACGACUAUCCACGAUAUGCUAACAACGAAAUUUACAACAAAACUAUAAACUAUCUACCCAAAGAAAAUGAAGGCGAAGAUAAAGUCGCAGAAGAGGUUAUAGAGCCACGAGACGAGCCUUUUGUUAAAGCGACACCGAGUGACUAUACCAAGGAGUUACCAGGUACUGAAUACCCUAAAGUUCCUACGGAUUAUUCUAAAGUACCAAUAGACCCAACAUCUUCUACCAAUUGGAGUCCAUCACACAGUUCUUUGAAUAUGAGCUUAGGCGGUAUAUCAAGCGAAUACAAGUAUAUGAAUGAUCCAUAUUCAUUCCCAAACAUGGCGGAUCCUCUCAACCAGCACAGUUACCCUAAUCCUCCGCACGCAACUAACAAAUAUUGGAUUUGA